AAAAUUAGUAAGUUUUAUGCUAUUUCUCAGCUAUUUUGUUUCUUGUUAGUCUCCAUAUAUAUCUACUAUCUAUAAAUUGUUUAGCAUUCUGCCUAACAAGUUAAAAACAAGGUUCAAAAUGCAAAGCUUGAGAUCAUCUAUUCUGAAGUAUGUGAGAGUUAAGGUCCCAUUGCAAGUAGUAUUUCCUCGAGCUGAAGGCCGGAAUGCGUUAAAUAUACUCAAUUUGCAAAUACGCGCGUGUAGCAGCUCUGGUGCCACCAAUCAGGAUCAGAUAAAGGAACAAGUGCUUAACCUGGUGAAGAAAUUUGACAAGAUUGAUGCAACCAAGGUCACUGAGAGUGCUGAUUUCCAGAAGGACUUGAGCCUUGACAGUUUAGAUAGAGUGGAACUUGUCAUGGCUUUUGAAGAAGAAUUCUCGAUUGAGAUACCCGAUGAAGAAGCAGACAAGCUUAAAUGUUGCGCCGAUGUUGCUCAGUAUAUCAUUUCUGGAGGUCAGAAUAAAGCUCGGGAGAGUUCAUAGAGUAACUCAUUAGUUAUCCCAAGGAUCGGAUAUCAUGUCGUCGGAAUAGACAAGGUUUCUUUUGAACAUUUCUCCUGGAUAUUUUUUUUUGUCUGAUAAGUUGUUAAAAUCCCAGGAUUACAACGUCCUCAACUUCUUCUAGCUCGUCGUUUAGUUUUUGUGGAUGAGUGAAUGAUUUCUACAUUUACGCACCCCGGAUUUUAGUUAUUGAUUCUGCGGUGAAUACAAUUUAUGUUGUUACUUUUAUAUAUAUCAUUGAACGUUAGUGCA